UAUAAAUAAAAAUCGCCGUAUUUUUUUUUUGCUGAGGUGUCCGUGAUAUUUCAUUUCCUUGGUUAAUGUUAUGCAAAGAUGUACCAUCAAUUUGGAAAAUGUUUACUGUUGUUUUUAAUUUGUGGAAGUUUGGCGUUGGAAAGUGAUUUGAGCUAUCUAAAAGCUUUUGAUGAUUCUAUAAUCUACCGUUUGGCAUGGGAAAAAGAAAACGAAAAUUUGUUACAAGAAGCCGAGAGUCUUCCAACAGUGACAAUGGUUACUGCAAGAAAGGAAAAAUAUGUUUGCAGUAUUCCUAAAAUGUUGGAAACAAAAGAAGAAGAGAUACCAAUCUAUGAAGGACCAAAUCCGUUGCAAUUAUUAGCACCCCUGUUUACGCAGAUGUCAUGCUCAUACAGGCUGGAAAGUUUCUGGACAUAUGAGCUCUGCCAUGGAAGGUAUAUAAGGCAAUAUCAUGAAGAGAGGGAUGGAAAAAAAGUUAAACUGCAGGAGUAUUACCUGGGCAAGUUUGACAAAGAAAAGAUGGAUCGCCAAAGCGCUGAGAUCGAUGCAGAGAUAAAAAAUGGAGAAAGGCAAGAAGUACCAGUGAGAAAAAUAGAAGGACUCUCGUUGCCGUAUUUGCUUGUCACCAUGGACAGUGGGACACUUUGCGAUCUUAACGAACCACGCAUGACGCGUGUUUACUACGUCUGCUAUCCAGCAGGCAAACAUGAAAUUUUUUCUUUAGAAGAGGCAUCAAGUUGUGAGUAUGAAAUUGUGGUACUGACACCACACCUCUGUCAGCAUCCAGAUUAUAGAGCCAAAGAAACUGAAGAAAAUAAAAUCAAUUGUUGGGCAGUAGAAGGUUCCCCGAAAAAGCCUUCGUCUCUGCUUGAAAUAGAAGCCGAAAGCCUGAUGAUGCAGCAACAACAGAAUCUGCUGGAUUCAUUAGGACUGUCGGAUUCCAAAUUCAAAGUUGAAUUCCGUCAAGUGGAAGAUGCCACUGGGCAAGGCCAAAAGCAAACAGUGGCUUUUAUUACUCCUUCUGGUGGCGGAACUAGUGGCCGAAUUGGUAAUAAUAAGGAAUUUAGUUCAGAUCAACAAAGCUCAGGAACUUCGAAAGAUGGUGACACUGGCCCACGUCUACAGCCGCCACCAACUCUUCCUCCGCAACCCGUAUUUGAUCCUAAAUUAGUCGAGGAUUUCCUAGCCGGAGAGUAUUGCCUUAAUGGGGGUACAGGAUGGUGGAAGUACGAGUUUUGUUAUGGAAAACGAGUCGAUCAGUAUCACGAGGAAAAAGAUGGUUCGAGGACUUCUAUUCGUCUAGGUGUGUUCAAUAAAGAGAAACACCUUGCCUGGUUGGAUGAAAACCCAUCCAAACGCCCGAAAGCGGUAACUGGAAGGAAGCAAGUGUCGCACAUGUACAGCGACGGAGGUUAUUGUGAAAUGACAGAUUCUCGCAGACGAGUAGAAGUCAAGCUCAAAUGCAAAGAGAUUUCUCAAUCGGAAAAUCAACAGCAGUCGUUUAGUCACUCGAUGAAUGCCGUAUCACUCUACCUAUUGGAACCACAACCUUGCGAAUACGUUCUAGGAGUUGAAGCCCCGUUUCUUUGCCCGUUAAUCGAAGCCGCUGACGUCAAUGGACUUAUUCAUUUAGAUGACGUAAAAAUAGAAAACACUGGCAAAACUACUUUGCCAGAAAAUCAAUAAAUACGUGUGUUGAUACUUGAGGGGAAAAACUUCGUACCGUUUGAAAAAAAAAUACACAUUCCAUGAAUGGUACCAAA